UCUGAGGGUGCUGACAGCCUCAACUUGUUGCGCAGACUUAUUAUAUGUCCCGUACAGGGUUUUUUAAUUUUAUGAUAUUCAAGCGGACACAGACUCCAGGGACUUGCUUCUCUCUUUGAUUCUACUAUCGCUCCUUUGAUCUGCUGCGGAUCAGCUCCCAAACAUUACAUUCACACUAUUUUAACUCUAUAAUCGAAAUUUAAAGGAAUAACAAAAUGACUGCAGAGAUUCCGGAGGUUUUCAGGGCUCUUCUCGAGCAUCCAUUUACUCUGCCGGCCUUUGACGACUACGAUGCAGACAAGGGAAAGCUGUUCCUCGGAGAUAAUGUGGAACUCGGGGGUGGGGGGAGCGACAUGGGUCCUUCAGCCGCCCUGACCCCUGCUAUCUGGGAUAAGACCAUUCCUUACAAUGGGGAGAACUUCCACCUGGAGUACAUGGACCUGGAGGAGUUCCUCAUGGAGAACGGCAUCGCCACGGCGCUUGACGAGGAUCCCUUGAAGACCAUUUCAGAGGGACUUGUCCCGAAAACGAAAGUAAAGGCCCCUGCACAGACGAAGGUUACCAAGGCGACAGGUGUGUCCCCAGUAUCCCUGCUGCCCAUUCAGGAGCUGGACAGGUGUGAGGAGGAGGUGGUGAUCAUCACCAAAGACGACACUGAGUUCACCUGUGAUGUUACAGCAGAGGAGACCACAGACGAGGAAGGAGACACAGAUGAAAUCAAACCCGAGGAAAUCGAGGUCGAUAUCAACUACGAGCCAGAUCCCACAGAUUUGGUCCUGUCAAGCGUACCCGGGGGGGAACUGUUCAACCCACGCAAACACAAGUUCACCGAAGACGAGCUCAAGCCACAACCUAUGAUCAAAAAGGCCAAGAAGGUGUAUGUGCCUGAAGAGCAGAAGGAUGACAGGUAUUGGAAUAGGAGGAAGAAGAACAACGUGGCGGCCAAGCGCUCGCGUGACGCCCGCAGGCUAAAGGAGAACCAGAUCACUGUCCGGGCGGCUUUCCUUGAGCGAGAGAACGCAGUGCUGCGGACGGAGGUGGGAGAGUUGCGGAAGGACUGUGGCCGCUUCAAGAACAUUGUGGGACGUUAUGAAGCCAAAUAUGGAACAAUUGAGGCGUCAGAUGACCAGUAGACAACCCCUGAUUUAUUUGUCUUACAAAUUAAUAAAUCAAAACCACUGGGAUCGAUUUGCGAGAACACACAAAUUGAAUCCGACAAGGACGAAGUGGAGGAAGACGUGUGAGAGCAUGACUGUUGUCAUCAUGUAGAUGCAAUUGCAUGUAACAACCUGAUAACCAUGAUAUUUUUCUUUUUAAUGACUUUUACCAUCCAUGUGAGUGAGAUGAGUGUGGGGAUAUUUAAGUGCUUCUUCAGUGCACUUGAGUUGUGUACUUUCAUCAUGUUUUGUAUGCCUUUGGCCAAAAGAGAUCAUCUGUGAUGUUUUUAUUUUGGAGAAACUGUUCACAUGAAUCUGCAGAUUUAGAUGGUAAAUAUUUAGGUAUCAGUUGCAAUAGUUCAGACUAGAUUCUUAGUCAGAUUUAUGAUAUCCUUCAAAUAAACAGAUUUUUACAAGCUUCUUUUGUGAUUUUAUGAUUUCUGCUAUUUUUGUAAAUUUUAUUUGCAUUUUUUCAGACUUUAUGGAACACUCAGCUUUUCUUUGCUCACAGAAACAUUCUGACUGGCAUUUCCAGUAGCGUAAGCUUUUUUUUAGGGGGCUUCUGUGACGAGGCUUAAAGAACCACACAUGGUCACUUCUCUACGUGAACAUGUUACUCCUUAACCAGCAGCUGUACCCCAACACUCUGUCCUCCCUGUUUCAGUGUCCUGUACGUCUCGCUGUCACUCGUGCUGUGUCCAUCACUGAUUAAGACGCCUGCUCUCUGCAGGUCGUCGCGUUGACUCGUCCAGCUACGUCAGACAUACUUUAGAAGUGGUGUGUUUAGAAUCCAAUGUUGCAUGUACUGUAAAUACUUGUAGCUGCAUAUUAUUCCGCCGAAACACAUUUAACAGAGUUACCAGCCAGCCUCUUUAGAAUUUCUCUGACUUGUAAGCCGACAGUGUCUGUUACCACUUAAGUUUCUGGUCUGUUUUCACUUUUUGGACAAACCAGGAAGUCUCAGUAGAUGCUAACUGUAAUGUAAUCUUGGUGUCCUUUUAUAUCUGAAGCCUUUAGGUGCAGUCUGCCAGUUUACAGAGGAAACACUGUUCAACAUAACAUCUGAUCAUUUCACUGUCCAAUUCUGACAAAGGGAAAGUAGAGAAUCUUGCAACCCUGCUUCCACCCAUAGACAAUGUCACCACAUAAAUAUAAAUGUAUUAUUAUGCUCAUUUCCUUUUUUGUGAAAGGGUUUCCAUGUUUGAACAACACAUAUGAUAGAGGUUGUUUUUUAGCUUUACAACCAGUACAUAUUCAUCCGUUAUGUGCCUCUUCUCAGUGGAGUAAAAAUCAGGAUAUCCACAUUCAUUUUCAAUGAUUGUGAGGAAAUAAUUUUACUCCCAUCCUUAUCGAUUUCAGUCAAUAACAAUUCAAUCACAAUUUGUAUUAUUUAGAAUAUAACGAUGAACUUCCUGUUCUGUUUUAAUAGGGUUUUUUUUAUGGCUUUUGGAGAUUGUAUCUGCUCUCUACCUGGAACAGGUCAAUUUAUUAAAGUUGACCGGUUCUUUUCAAUCCUCCUGGUUCGGUCUUUAUAAAGAAAUUACUCUGCAUUUCGACUGGCUACCUUUGUCCUGUAUAUAAAGUUAAUAUAAAUAAAGACUUUAACGUGUCAA